AUGGAGAGCAGCCCCAGCUCUUCGAAACGUCAGCCAGAAAAGUCCCCUGAUCCGGUGAGCAAUUCAUUCUCCUCAGAUAGGGGUUAUACUGGCGUGGCUUUCGGAUGUCGGGCAUUUUUGCCUGCAAUGUAGUUCCACUUCCCCCUUCUAUCACUUUACUAGGUCUUAGUGGGCUUAAUUCCCCAUUCCAUAGGAAGUUUUUUCAAAAAUUACAGCAUUACCUUCCCUCACGUGCUGAUCUUGCAUAGCUUAUGAACUCAUUCCCUGUGCUAAAACAGACCCCAAAUGACUGUCCAAAACCACUUGUUUACUCUGGUAGAAAACCAAGCAUUUCUGUAUCCACUGCGAGGCCUAAUUUAAUGCCCGCUUGUGAAGAUUCUGAUGAUUCAGCCACUAUCAGAUUGGGCUGUGUCUGCUUGUGGAGGAUCACUCUGACCGGUAGACUGUUGCUACAAAGACGGGCCUUGUGGGACUCACCUCAGUGACAAUGGAGGGAGGAUAGCCUUGGUGCCUCAAAAGUGGUUAUUACUUUUUCGCCCCCAACUAUUACAUUCUUCAUACUACUAACGUUUCCAAUUACUGUAAUGUUUUGGACAUGGUGGAUUCUCGAGUUAACCCAAUUAAAACUGCUCUAGAAGGCAGUGCGGAUGGCUCUUUCUGAAGACUGCUUGCUUGCGGAUUAGCAGACAGUUGCUAAUUGAGAUUCAAGUCGAUCGAUUGGAGGAGCGGGGUUUAAAACGGGUAGGCUGUGUCUAGCUUUAUUCACCAGACAAAACCCACCUCCUCACCUCCCCCUUCCCCCAAUGUUCACACCUCCUGCACUUUGGGGUCACCACAGCCGAACACAAAUGCAUUUACGGAUGACAACACGCUUGUUGAGCCAUUCGAAGGGACUAGAACUGCUGGCGGUGACAACAUGCGUGAAUGUCGAACAGAGCGUAGCCCGGCAUCAGUGGGAAGGUCCUGACAGAGCGUUUUGCGUCUAGUUCAGCUUUUUAACACUUUUUCAAGAGGGCUGACUAGGCUAUGGUCACGCAGUGCAGUAGAUUGCUUUUUUUCCACGAAUUCCCUCCAUGGCUCGUACUUGCACAGACCAAGGUAACAGGGGCUGACAGGGACGAUUCCGGGGUUUCAAUCACGUCAUCAAUCGCAAGCGCACAAGUACCGACUGUAUAGCGACAACCUUUGUUUACAAUCAUUUGUAGGUGAGGUAAGACAUUUAGGUGCAACUAUACCGGUGCAUAAAAAAAGAACGCUUAUCGGUCCUUACUACCUUCACGCAAACGCUCAUUUCGCGUCCUGAUACCGUUUUCACGAGGUAGUACGUGUACUUUGCUUUUCGCUGGUAGUUCGCCUUCUAGGCAGAGAUGGCUAUUUUGUUUACGGCUGCAGGAUGGGACGCCAUCAGACGACUUGAGAGUCUCUAUGGCAGAACUCUGCACCUGCCGUUGUCGGAUCGAUUGCCGUAAGCUCGCGCGCCCUUGUGUGUCUGUGGCGGUGUGUGUGUGCCCCCCAAACGGGCCAUGUGUUAGAUGCGCUGGACCAACACGGGGGCCACAUCGGAUUUUGGCAGGCGUUAUCCGUGCGCAAUAACAAAUGCCAACACCUCGGGGGUGCGCUGGCAGUCUCUGUUGUCGACAGUCGUCGCACAACUGGGAUCACUGUCAGCCCUCCAUUGUUGUGGCGGUCUAAAUUCUGGUCAUUGUUGUAUGGACCAGGGGGUGCGGAGUGGAGCGCCAGGGCGAGGAUCCGUCCAAGUCAUCCACUUGCGGCCUCCCUCUUCUCCGGUCUUCUUUACUCUGUCUUGACACCGGGCUCAGGCGGGGGAGGAGGAGAGGGUGUGGAUAAUGCAGCGCAAGUCUACUGGCACUAUAAACCCCCGCGCAAGUCACCGCCCUGAUCCCACCGCUGCCGCUGUGGGGCACACGGUGGACAUCAUCGAAAUCGAUUUGUCGAACUAUCGUGUGUGUGUGUGUGUGUGGCGGUGUGUGUGGGUGCGGUGGCAGGCCCAGUUGCAGGCCCGCCGGGCCCAUUUGGGUCCCUGUCGCUCCCAUUUUUGUCGUUGUUGUUUGAGACCUUGAUCAAGUUUUUGUCGUAGACCAGGAAGUAUGGUGGUACGCCUAGGUACAGGUUUGUGCUGCGCCAGUCACUGACGUCCUCCCUCAUCCCCCUCUCCGGUCUUCUCGACUUUGUCUAGACACCUGGUCUAGGUUAGAAAGGAGGAGGAGAAACUGGUAGACGCAACACAAGUCUACUACCGCUAUAAACUAACUCACGCGCAAGUCAACGUCCCUGCUCUCGUCCUGCUGUGGAGCACACGGUGGACAUCGUCGGCAACGAUGGUUGAACUGCUGUGUGUGAGGGUUGGAGGACUAAAGGCGAGUCGCACUACUACUUUGGAACGGAUCCGCUAGGCGGAGGUUUACUAUGAUUUUUUUAUCUAGCCUACCUUAAACUUCUCACCGUUGCAUUUGGAGGGAGAGAGAGAGAGAGAGAGGAAAAAGCGAGUGAGGCCGAGGUCUCAUGACCGCUUCUUCCUAAUAAUAAGUCUUCAGUGCUUUUCAACUGUCAUGUGACACAAAUAGUGUAGUUUGUAAGGCCGGCAACUGGCCGUCCAGCCUUGUUUUCUGGAGUGAGUUAAGCUGAAAGCGCGCUUUUCAGUCCGCUUUUCAUGGUAACUGUCAAAAAUGACAUCCUCCGCUAUCAAAGUCUGGCUUACGCACGUAGGCUGAGAUAGUCCUGUCUGCCAGCCACAGGGUCCGAUUUUGUCACGAGUCUUUCUGUCUCGGACUGCUCACUGAUAGAUGACGGAAACGGGAAGGACCAAUUCAGCCCCAACUCUUCUAAUUAUAAUUAAUCUGGGUGUUUUUUUCCGAAAUAUACUCCUAGCGAAUAAUUGUGAUCCUGAAUUAAUAGAUUGCAAUCUGAUGGGGUAACUGAGUCCUACUGAAAACGAGGUCCCCAUUUAUAAUGUCCGCCUCUGGGCGUAGUCUCUACUGCGACUCUUAUCAAAUUAUUAGAGUUCGAGUCGUGCGCAAGCAUGUGCAGGUUCGUGUGUGGUCCGCGUAGUCGGAAGCCGAUGCCAACCCCAAUCGGUCUGAUUUUUUUGAAUAUGGAACGCCCUCCCCCCUCUCGCAGGGGGAAUCCCCCAAACAUGCUGGCAUAGAAAUGUAUUGUACUUAUAAGCCCACACUGUCGGGGUGAAUUGAGGCAUGACGUGCUCCUGGCAUUGCUAAUUGCUAUGUCAGGCGACCCACGACCAUGGACUUGCGUUUGUCUUUGUGGGGGAUUUGUUAACAACGAAAAUCCUCUAUCACACAUUUUCAUUAGCUCACUGAUCAAAAUGGGACAGCAUCGAAAGAAUGAAACAAUGCCGUUACUGCCAGUCAAGGUAUGUGGGCAAACGUUUGGGAAACAGUUGUUUGUUCGCGUUUUACUUGAAUAGAUAUAAUAAUCCUGCAAGGCAAAUACUUCAGUCCCUGUUUGCGUUGUCAGCUGAUAAAUUUAUAUUCCAUCAACUAUACUGCCCGUAUUUUGUUCCGAGUCUCCUGACUCUGCAUAUGGCCAGUAGAAUUUCUUAUCGCCGUAAACGGGUGUCUAGCCAGUCCUUCCAUGCAGUUUUUAACACAAUGAAAGCUCACUGCUGGCUGAUCUAGCCAUAUCCCACGGCAGACUACUGGUGUUCUGCCUCGGCUUUUUGGUCGUGGGCUAGUCCCACGGAAAACGGAGCGAAGGAGGCCUGGUGGUUUGUCUUCAGUCAGCAGCUAAAACAGCGGCAAAUGUUAGUCUGUGAAAGAUGGAAUCAGCAUGCGAGUCAGUAAGUCGACAUUCAGGCUAAUUUCCGAAGUUUUAUUGACUUCGACUGAAGAUUGUCAAAACUGCGUGGAAAAAUCGCUAAUUAAUCAUCAGGCCGAGCACUAGAAAUGACUUUAGUUUUGUCGCCAAAACGACGUCUACAAUUGACGUUUUGUCCCAGUGUGCACAUGUCAUCGGUGUCUACUAGUCUGAACACUAAUUAUUUUACUUAGCGAUGCCUGAUGGAUCAUAAGGCAGAGAAUUAUAGGGACAGGCAAUACGAUGUCUUCUUAAUAAACAUUGGGGUUUGAAGUUAUUCAUGUCAAAACUACGCAAAUUCUUCCUUUUAUCUAAAGCUUUUCAUGAGGUGUUGGAGAGAAUUCAGUACAUUUGAUACAUCACCCCACAAAUUGCUGGAAAACGUUUUGACAGUGAUCUGCGAAACCGACUGACAGAAGACAUAAUAUCAUCAUAAAUCAUGCAUGAUGACAUGCUUACCUUAAGCUAGGAAUCUUCCAGGUCGCAUUGCGCACUUUCAAUUGGAUGAGCCUCCUACAUUAAUAAUGGAUGUUUUGGCGGUUGUUGACGUUGUGUUUAAGCUGUCUGACUGGUUGGAGGGAAUGGAAAACUCCUUAUUUAUCAUAAUUAUUUUACAAAAAAUUUUAGUAGGUGGUCAUGAAUAUUUUGGGCAGUAAAUAUGUCAUUUCAUCCACAAAUACUUCAAGACGCAGUCUGCUGUUUCAUGCCGUCCCAAGGUCUUAUAGCCGUACAUUUGGCAUCACACUUCACAAAUCACUGGGCCAAAUUUUUAAAUAUAUUCGCGACUGAAAAGGCAUAUAGAGGCUGAUCUGCAAAACUGCCUGACACGAAGCAUCAUAUCAUUAUUAAUAAUGCAUAAUGACAUGCUUGUCUUAGGCUAGAAAGCUUCGUGGUUACAUUGACUACUUUCAAUUAGAUCAGCUUCUUACUUAAAUAAUGGCUAUUCGGGCUAUUAGACUGUUUUUAAGGGAUAAAAACUCCUUAUUUAUCAUGAUUAUCUUGCAAGAAAAUGUGUGCUGAGUAGCGAUGAAUAUACUGGGCAUUAAAUAGAUCUUUUUAUCCAUAUAUACUUUAAGACGCAGUCUGCCGUUUCAUGCAGUCAUAAGGUCUUAUAGCCGUAAGAUUUGUAUUUUUUAUCGUUUAACUUCAUUGGAAUAGCUUAUGGACAUCUAUUGGAUAUUUGACGAGAUCUGGAUCAUCCUGCAUAAUUUCGAACGGGCAUUGAUUAAAUUGUGAUGGUCAGACUGUAUUAAUAUUCCCACAAAGCUCUCAACAUUACUGGGUAUUGAUUUCUUUAAAACUGAGUGUGUAAAGAAUUCUACCUAGUGAGGAGAAAUUGAAUUUUUAGGUAGGAAAACUUAACAAAACCAAGGCGAUUAUAAGAAUGACCACUAAAUUUAACCUCAGUCUAUCCCCUGUCAGAUUGUACACCCACACAGGGCACGUAAUCAUCCAGAAAAUUCCUCGAAAUUAUGCCCCACGCUCUCUUGAGUGUAACCUUUUAGUCCAAAGCACAAAUAGGAACGCCAGUCAAUGUUUGGUAAGUUUCAGCGACUGCUGUACAGUCAGUGACCGUAGUCAUGAAAUAGAAGUCGAAAUUCUGAAAUGCGGUUUCGAUUGGGAAAGAUUGCGUGGGUGGGGUUGUGGAAUGGAUUAUCAUGCGGCAUAAUCUAGUGACAUUUCAGACUUGCUGGGGUGUUGGCUUUUGAAUGCACUUCUUCUCAACUUCUUGUAAAAUCCGGACUCCGUAAAAAAACGACUGCGUUGAUAGUGUGAAUUUUUCCCGCUGAUUUUCGAUAGCCUUCCAAAUUUAAAAAUAUUUUACGGAAACCAUGCACAAAAAUAUGUUUUCAUUUGCUAGUUAGGGGAAAAAUCACGUCGCCUUAACACUUUAUACUUUAGGAAAGAGUAUUUUUCGGUUUUAAAAAAGUUUCUAAUUAUGAGAUCUUUUAAGACCGUACGAUGUCCAUUCCAACAGCAUCGUACCUCUUCAUCUAUGAAUGCUCGUCACGAGGUAUACAACAUGGUCCGCAUCCAUUGCAAAAUUUUAUGCACUCUGCGUGUCAUCAUCUUGAAAACUUGAAAAAAAUAUGUGAUUCUCCUUAGGAGGAAAGUAUACACCUUGUUGACUGGAAUUGCUGAACGCUAACGCGACGGCUCGGAAUUAUUCGAAAGUUGAAAACCUUUUUAAAACCGACAGGCACUUUUUCUUCGGGUAUAAAAUGCGAAGACGGGAUUUGCCACCAAAUGGGUGAAAGGAAACAUACUUUUGUGCAUAUUUUAUUGAAAAUACAUUUGGAUUUGGAUGGCCGUCAGAAAUCAAUGCGAAACAUGCAUACAAUUUAAGCAGUCACUUUUUACCUAGCCCAGUUUAUACAGGAGGUAAAAAAGAAGUACAUUCAAAAGCCAAUAUCCUGGCGAUUCCAAAAACCAUCGCUGUCAGUUAAACUGCAAAUCUAUUUGCAACGCAAGAUGGCAAAUAUUUCUAGAUGACCUUGAAGUUACGACGUCCAUCUGUCUACCGACAGAUGGUCUGCUGCUCGUUAAGCUCCUGUCAUUCCUUACGCCAACUACCUAUGACGGUCGCCAGGGGUCGACUGUUUUUAAGCAGUGAUGGCUCCCGUGGUGCAAAUAAUGUUUCCAUGAGCAUGGUGAGUGUUUCUUUUCUUUUUUUAUAAAAAGUGACAUGCCGGGAGCGGCUUUCCCCCAUUGGUUGGGCAUUAGAACAAGUACCCUCUGAACUUUACUCAUCUAUAAUGUCUACUUAUUUGAUUUAGGUAGGCACAUCGGGUGCCUGCGCGAACGUCUUUACGUGAUUAAAUGGGUAACGGAUAGCAAACCAGCUGAGGACACGGGUAACAACGGAAACAGUUAAAUAAGAUGUAACCAGACGCUGUAGACCUUACCUUUUGUGGUAUGAAGCUGUUGACCGGAGUGAUGACGAGAAAUAAAAGAAGAGAGCAUAUGCGCAGCAUUGGCCACAGUAUGAGAUAGAAGACAACGGACGCCUUCCUGUGACCUGUUGGGUGACUUGCAGAAAAAUAACGCAGGACUUAGAAACUCAAUGGCCCUCACCGACCGGUUUAGUUUUCCAUCAGCCGAAGACAGACCGAUUAUUGCGAUGUCGACCUAGCUGGCGCGCGCGACGGCGCCCUCGGCCCCAUUCAUUGGACUACGAAGGAACCUAGGGUACGAAGCUAACUCAAGGGGAAGGCGCACUCCCCUCAACACUGUAGUCAACAGGGCUCACGAUCUACGGUUUAGAGCCAUUAACUGGAUUACUAGGUGUUUUGCAUAUUUUAAUAAUUAUUUAUUCUGACCCAUCUGUGGUCUUUAGGCCACCGCAAUCUCUGCGAAAGAAGUGGACAUCAAGGAAUGCCAGCUGAUUAUUUUAUUUCUCCUCCGUCGUAAAUUUUAUUUCCGGGCAUUCCUUGAUGUCCUCGUCUUCCACAAAGAUUGUGGUGGCCUAAAGACCAAAGUGUCCAGAAGAGCGACGAACACUACGUAAAUACUGAACUUCAACAGUAACCACCCAAUCAGCCGCAAACGCAGUUGCGUAAGAACGCUAUAUCGGCGUGUUGAAACGCACUGCAAAGAACCGGAAGACAAGGUUGUCGAAUCCCAAUAUCUUCGACGGGUUUCCAGAGAAACUGGUUACCCGCGCAACUUCGUCAACCGGUGCAUGCGCAAACGAGACGAGCGACAAAGCCGUGCAGACUCCAAAUUCUGGCGAGCGAUCCCGUACAUCAAGGACGUCUUCGAGGCCAUUAGUCGCCUUCACGCACCAAUUGGAGUUGGAGUUGCACACAGACCGGAGGCCACCAUGAGGCGUCAAGUGAUGAGACCAAAAGACCCACUGCCACGGCAAGAAACAUCUGGAGUCGUUUACCGGAUCUGGUGCAGUUGCGGACAAAGCAACUACGUCGGAGAAACUGGAAGACUGCUCCAAACGCAAAUUGCCGAACACGCGGCAGCGGUACGGAGAAAUGACGCCACCUCGCAGGUCGCGGCCCAUUUGACGAGACGCAGCCACAUAUUCAAGUUCGAUGAGGCCGAAAUUCUCGCGAGAGGGAAUAAUCGCGUGAGCCGCCAGUUGCUUGAGUCAUGGUUCACGGACCUCAGUCUAUCAACAAGUGCAACGACAUCCCCACUCCAUAUUGCGUGCUGAGGCAUAGGCUGGCCAAGAUAAUUGACCCCUCGGGGAGCACGCAAGCCGGUGAGCCAGAUGGCCGAGCAAUCAUCACGCCAGAAUCCAACACGGGUGAUGAAAUUUCAGCAAUUAACACCGUGCAUGCCGGCCAUCAAGCAAUUAGCACACCAGCGGGCAACAAUCCUUGAUGAAGGGGAGCGCGGUUAAUUGCUAUAGGUAUGCGGUAACAUAGCGACUGCAUCCUAUAAACACUGCAACUUCCUAUGCACGAGUCACCCUUUCCUGCCACUGUCUCUGAUGAUGGAUUCAAGUGAGAAUCCGAAACGUCAGACGAAUACAGCCCUUGUUCCAGCGAUCGUUUCUUCUUCGGAUCAAUUAGUUCCUGAAACUCGCACCUUCGCUUGUAUCGGUAAGCUCUUAACUCAGGUGAUUAGAGCGUUGUCUGUGCUGGAGCCAUCCUCUUGCUGUCGUGGUUUUGGAUCCUGCCGAGGUCACCGAGUUUUUAACGGUUUGAUCAAAUUAAAUUAACUAGAUGAGCCGCGAACAACAUGGAGAAAAAACAAAGGGCGUUUUCCAGCGACCUUAUCGGUUACUAAUAUGAACAGGACUGUAGACCAUGAAGUCCACCGCAAACUUCAUAUAAGACGCAGAUAAAAGUAGCAGAGAUCAACUCGACCGACUGGACGCCAGCCAGAUAGAGAAAGGGGAGGCGCUGUUAGCAGCAAUGGACCUCAGAGGUUGCUGCUAAUGCACAUCAAACCACCUUAACAAAGAUAAUCAAACGCUUUACUGGGAGCUAGUUUAUAGGGACACUUGUUUCUGUGCACAUCACCACCCCUCACCAGUUUGACCUCUCUACUUAGGUCACUCGAGAACCAGAGCUGGAGUUGAUAAAACUUCCAUAGCUGGCAAUGCUGGCUUCUUUUUCUAUCUGAGCGUCGAAGUCCAUAGCUGCUCAGGAAUCUCCGCCCUUACGGCGCUAAAAGUAAUAAUCCUCCUUGUUCUUUACACUUUCGAAUUUCGGGGAAAUUAGGACCAGAACAAUACGCAGCUCUCUUGUCGCGAGUCGAAUCGUCUGGUUUUACUUGCCGACAAAUGCUCGGUUGGUUAGCAAAACUGCGUUUUUUAAUGCUGCCAAAUCUUCCCUUCGCUUGAGUGGCUUCAAACGUACAGUGCGUGACCAAUUUCAUGAAAUGUUAGCCGAAAUUCUGAUAUGCGUUUUCGAUUAGGAAGGAUUACUUAGGUGGGUUUGUAAUAUUUAUUAGCAUGCAGCAUAAUCCUGUAGCGUUUCGGAGUCAUCAGGAUUUCGGCUUUUGGGUGCACUUCUUUUUGACCUGCAGAAACCAUAUUCAGUAAAAAAAUUAACUACUUAAGUAGCAUGCAUUUUUCACAUUGAUUUUCGAUGGUCUUACAAAUUCAAAUAUAUUCUACAGAAAACAUGGACAAAAUAGGCUUUAUUUUACCAGUUUGGUAGAAAAUCACAUUGACUUCAAAUUUUAUGCCCGAAGAAAGUGUAUAUUUAGGUUUUCAUUAAGUUUCUAAUUAUGAGAUGUUUAAGCCCGUAAGAUGUCUUUGCAUACAAGACCGCACAUGCCCGUUUACCAAUGUUCCUCAUGAAAUGUACAACACAGUCCGAAUCCAUUGCGAAAUUUUAUGAACUCUUUAUGGUUUCUCCUUAAAGUCCUAGGGGAUAAUAUGGUUCUCCUUACGCGGAAAGCAUGCAUCUUGUAGACUGUAAUUGCUAACGCUAAUGCAAUGGCAGAUUAGGCUCAAAAUCAUUCGGGAAUUGGGAAACAUUUUUUAAACCUAAAAUUAUGCUUUCUUCGGAUAUAAAAUAUGAAGAUAAUGGAAGUUUCUACCAAAGGAGUAAAAGAAAGCAUACUUUGUGCAUGUUUUCUAUAAAAUAUAUUUGAAUUUAUAAGACCAUCGAAAACUAAUAGGAAAAAUGUGUGCUACUUAAGUAGUCAUUUUUACCGAGUGUGAUUUCUACAAGAGGCCAAAAGCAAGUUCAUUCAAAAGCGGACAGCCUAACAGGUCCGAAGUACUAUAGGAUGAUGCUGCAUGCUAAUAAUAGUACAACCCCACCUAAGUAAUUCUUCCUAAUUGAAAACGAAUUUCAGAUUGUCGGCCAACAUUUCACGAGAUCGGUCACGCACUGUUCUUAUAUAAAGUGGUUCUGGUAAGCUGUUUGUGAGAAGGGGAGCUAGAGUGAGGUUAAAUGUUCAAAAUGUGCGUGUCAGCUGCUGUGUGUUCUAUCACAAUCCAUCCUCAUAGACUUUUAGCAGUUGAGUUAGGCUUAUCGGUUAAGAUGUUCAGGUAGGGCCUGAAGGGCAAAUCCAACUGACCUCCCAUAUCCUCGCUCUUGGCCGUUAAAUUGCGACCCGGACAGGUCAAGUGGCCAGAGAGUUUUGACUUGAGUACUCAAUGACCCACCUGACGCUUAAUCCAACUUCGUGUACGGUAGCACCGUGGAUUGGGGUGAGAGGGUCUAAGAGGUUGGAAACGAACAUUCCAGUGUCUCUUCUCAUCUCCAAUAGCCUGUUUCGGUGGAUUCUUGCACGUUUCAAACCUCCAAAUAAAAACUGCAGCUUACCUGUCUAUAAUGAACAUGUUCCUGUGGUUUUGUGAGAGUAUUUUCAAGUUUUUAUGAGACUAGUUACUCAGAAAGGCAGAAACUAUGCAUUGGGCCAGAUUGGUUUAAUCGUAGCGGCCUGGGUGGUUCUAUGGCAAAUGAAGCCUGACUGUUUAAGUCAAACCUUCAGGAUAAUGUUCUGUCAGCUACAACAUGGUAGGCUGUCUUCGCUUUCACAAGUCGAUUCUCUUCACCUCAUCUAAGCUAUAUGUUAACUGCAAAUGCUUUAGCAAAUUUUGCCUGGAGGCUCCAACGGCCAAAUAACCUCAACGAUACUGGUAAAAGGUAAAAGGCGCUUAUCACUGAGUGCGCUCUCAUUUUCUUAUAUCGACCGACUGGGCCACAAGGACUCGGGAAUAGCGCAGUCUGGGACCCUAGUAGCUCGGAUUUGAACCCUAGCCUUGUCGCCUUGGUUUAUUGUUACCAUAAACACGAAAUUCGUUGCCUAAUAGGGUUACUUAAGUGGGACUGUAACAUUGGUUAUCUUACGAUAUACUCCCGUUGGUGUCGGCUAUGAAUCUACUUCUUUUUGAUUCCUUGCAAAAAAAACUGCACUCAGUAAAAAGCACUUCUUAAGUGGUAUGAUUUUUGCCUUUCGAUUUUCAAUGUCCUUUACUCAUUUGAUAGCAAAUCACAUUUGUACUCGAAGAAAAGACAUUUUGGUUUUUAACAUUUUUUUCCAUUCCGAGUAAUUUUGAGCUAGAUAUGCCGUUUCACUUGCCCUAAGGGUUCCCAGUCUACAAGCAGUAUACUUUCCGUGUAAUGGGAAACGUACGUUUCCUUAAGCCAUUAAAAAGAUAUCAUAUGGGGCUCAUUAAAUGUUGCAGCGAAUGUGGCCUAUGCUGUACGCUCAAGGUAAGGCAUUGUAGGGCAGACGGACACGAUGUUAUUUAAAUGGGUAUUUCACGGCCUUAAAAAAAUUUCAAAAUUACAAAAUUUUUUUCAUUUUUGCUGCGGAAUAUAUCUGAAUAUGUGGGGUCAUCGAGAAGCGGGGAAAUGCACGCUAUAUACUAAUACUAUAUUCACUUAAUUAUAAUUAAGUAGGCACUUUACCGAACGCGGUUUUUACAUGCGGCCAGAAAGAAAUGCACUCAAAAAAAGCAUUCUGGUGUGACUGAAAUACCUAGGGAUUAUACUGUACGAUAAUCAAUGUUACAAACUCACCUAGGAAAUUCUUUCCAUCCGAAAACGCAUUCCACAAUUUUGGUUAACAAUUGUUGCGGGCAGCCAUCAUGACCAGUCUGGCGUCAUUGUUCAAGACUUCGCUGCCUCAAGUUCAGUCACCCCUUCGCAGUGAGCCAUUCCAGACGCGCUGAUCUGAAGUCACACAACCGACAGUUCGGGCAUACCAGCGUCCGCACAGCCGCAGCUGCCCAUACGGCCACCUGAACGCACCUCCACCCUGAAACCACAACCUAAGCCACUGGAACACCACCCCUCGACAAAUGCAACACACUGACUGGCCACCACUUGAACUUGGUCCACGAGCCUACAAAAGCGGCUGCCACCACUAUCUUAGAGACUCUGAGGCUUGACCGGACACAGUCUACACCAGCCCUGGCUUCGCCAGUGGCCACUGCUGCCUGAGAGGACAUCUCCGGGUUCUGUAUACAUUAAACCCCUCAUUCUGGUUUCAUUCGUCUUCUCCUUCCAACAUAGAAUUUGCCCUGAUUAUAGUAACGCUCAGACUACACACAAACACCGCUUGGUCACAACACACUGCGUGAUUCCGGUCACUGGCUUUAUGUCACCGAGAGGACUUUCAGGGCCUCUGCUCACGGGACGCCGAUUGAUAUUUUGUUAUUUGAUACAGCCACAUGCAGUCUCGUGAUUUUUCUGGCCCAGUUUGGCCAACGAUCCAACUAAAAAGCUGUGAUUAUAAAGCAAACGGUCAUGAUGGCUGAUGUAUUCUGUCUCGUUAGACAUUCUAGGUAUCAUGCAGGGAUUCCGACUUAAAUGCCGACUGGAAGAAUUAAAUAAUCAUUCUUUUAUAUGAUGUGUCAGCCCUUAUCGGCUAACAUCGUUGUCGAUAAAGGCAGUCGCCCUCUCGUUUCUACAUGUAUACUGUGAUUAUCCCCAUGUUAUUUCUUCGGGCUGUUACUUAUAGACGCCCAAAAAGAGGCCUGCAUGACAAUCAGAACCGUUGGAUCGAGAAAGUUGUGCAAUAAUCCCCACAACUGUCGGUGAAUAUAUGUUCUGACUACUGAGCAAAAGGUGUGCUGAUGAUCACCGCCAAGAGCCAUAGUCAACAUUUAAGGUUACGAAUGAGAAAAACGCCAGAGUCGACAUCUUUGGACGUAAAUAUGAAAGUCGUUUUCACGCACAGAAUAAUUGUCAUUUAGUGCCGUCUUGUGUUGAUAGGCGAAUUUCAAGUCGUGCACACGAAACGUCAGAGUUUUUAAGACAGAUCACACCAAUUGUUGAAAGAAAGACAAAACAAAGGUCUCCGAUCAAACCAGGAUGACGAAUUCUGUUCUGUUAGCGUCUGAACCUGGUAGGAAAAAUGAAGUUCUGUCUUAGUAUGCGUGACAUCUAAGAUAUUAGAUGACUACAUUUUUGAGCUUGUAACGUAUCCUUGGAGAAAGAUGUUUGAGUACAAAAGAAUUGUGCUCCAUUACCCCAAAGCUUUACGAAAGUUAAGAUUGACUCAGCAAAUAGCAUUAAUUUGCUUAAAUGCUGAAGUACAAAUGCUGUAGAGGUGAACCAAAGCGUGCCACAUAACCGAUAUUUCAGCUUUUCAAGUAAAAAAGCAUUUAAAUAGUGUUGAACAUAACAUUAAUUCGACUUCUCAAACAUGUCCAAAACUGUUGUGAUAUUAUUCAUUGGCUAAAUACCGUCAAGGGAAUGAAAGCAUCCUGUUUAGGAGGAUAGAUUACGUUUAAUGUUUUCGUUUUUUGCCAACGACACCAAGGUUAGAAUACAAUUCGGCAGUUUUGCAGUACUGAAAGCGCGGGUACGUUCGAUAUGCAGGUCACCCUGUAGAAUCAGUCGAAAAAUUAAAUUAACCCCCGUUAUUUGUUUUGGACGCCUGAGAUAAAGUGGACCAUCUGCUGAAAUCCCAGCCGUUUUCCCACCAUUUAUCUUUAUUCACACCUGUUAAACGGUGGGACAAACGGCGUACAUGUCAACAGGUAGUCCAGUCUAGGCAGUCUCCCGAAAGCAAAAAGAGGGAAUUUUCUUACCCAUACAAUUGCUUCUAAAGGGCCGAUAUAUGCAAGGAACGGCCAUGCACUAUCCAUAUCACAAAAAAUUGCAAUAUUAUUAACCAGCUGUGCUACAAAUAAAAGGCUACCGACCACUUAGAGUUUCAUGACUACUGAGAGUUAAAAUCUGCAAAAAAACAUAGAGUUACAAAGUUAUCAGCCAGAUAUAACUGACAGCAGUCACAUUUCUUCUGUAAAGGCUGCUAAAAACAAAUUCGGAAGCCUAGAGUGAUCUAGCAGCAACCUGCUCUAAACCCUACUCGCCCUAUAGAGUAAGAAAAGUAACCUCCUGGUACUCUACGUGAUCCUUAUAUGGCUUCGAACUAACGGCUCGCCACUGGAAGGCCUAUUUGCCCGAAUUAUAGAUCAGAAAUUUUAAACCGGUAUCGGCCCAUGUCCGUUCAGGGGCUUGCAUGUCUCUUCGAUCGUCGAUUUCGACGAGGUCCACCGUGGGUUCAACAAAGGCAUGAGAGCAGGGACGGUGGCUUGCGCGGGAAGUAGUUUGCAGCAAUAGUGGACUUUCCUCCUUUUCCUCCACCUGAGACCGGUGCCAUGACUGAGUCAAGAAGGCUGGAUGUGGGAAAUUGUGCAGGUGGCUGGCGCGCCCGGAGCCGCCCCUAGGCACGACGUCAUAUAUGGCUCGGAUCCCACAGAAUAGAACUGCCAUAGAGGCCACAUUAAGAAACAGCGAUUGCAGCCUGAUUCUCAGUUCACUACUUCGCUACUCCACACAAACACACGCUGGCCUGCUGCAGGGUUCAGCUUAACCCGUCAUUUGGCAGCCUUCGACGUCACGGCUUUUAGCGCACCGUGAUAAUUUUAGGCGCGUCAGACUGUUUUAUUUAGAAAAUUGCGUAAAUAAGUAGACCUUUUUCUCUCUUUCCAUUCCCAGGCACCAGUGAGAUGUCGAACUGGCCAGAUAUCUGAUGCCGGAAGUGGUCGUAGCGGCUGAUAAAACCUGAGGGCCUGUCUGUGUGUGUCAUAUGCACGACCUGAUCCCUCAGAUGUGCCCACCGAAGAUGUACAAGCAAGGGGAUAGAACGGUCGCUUCUCAAAUGCAUCAGAGGAGCCACAUGGAUAAGGGUACCGAAAAGCGUACUUCACACUAAUGUGAGGGGUACAAAUGUUGCGGGACUUUCGAGGAUGGCGGGAUAAUGUGUGAUAAUAUAGUUGCGUAUGCGGUGACUUACCUCAGGUUUCCAUGAAGGUCCAUGUGGUGAGGGGAUGUGCGUGGACCAAAUGGGCAGUUGAGGCAGGUACGGUUUGUGUAUGUUGGUUCUCCGGACACUCUUUCACUGGUCUCUGUGCAAUGGUUUCGCAGCUGAUCGACAGGCAGUGGCUGUGAGGGCAGGACAGGUUAGCGACUGUAGGAUCGGACGAGGGGAUGUGGCUAUUAGUCGUGGCCGUGUUGAUGGGUGAUUAGUUCUUAAUACUCGAAGUCGGACUGUUGUCGGAUAUGCUGGAUGUGUGUUAAUCGCCCGUUUCCGUGGAUACACAUACGACCGAAUAGACCCGUGCGGUGAGUGAAUGUGCGUGUACAGUGUGGGCAGUAGAGGCAGGUGAAACGGGUGAAUGUCUCACGUUCUUGACAAACGGCAUGAAAUCGUCUUUUCAGCAGCAUCAACAAUUCGCUUAACAGGGAGAUAGUCAUUUUAUCCGCCUUCGAAAACGUCUAGACUGUAAUUAGAAGCCAAGGAGUAUAGGACCCGCACAUUAUAAAUGACUAUUAAGAUGUAUCUAGGUGAUUUCACGAGGCAACGCCUGUUACCCACCAAUCUUACGUACAGAAUAUUACAAAUCGAUGGCGCUUUACUCCCUCUUAUGCACGAAGCUGCAAAUGACACAUUCGUUCUGCAUUUUUUUUCUUUCCUUUUCAGUUGUCCUAAUUUUUUAAUUGGUUAAGACGUCGGGUAGUCUGAACGACUAUCCUUAACGCGUCAUGCCCUCGGUUUCCAUCUUCAAGGGCCCACUUUCGCUUCUCAAUGCUCAUCGCUAAGCUUUCGCCGGAUGAUUAGUUACUUGUGGUUUGUUCUUCAUGUUAAGUCGUCCCCAGGCCACUUCUUUCUGUCUUUGCGAUAAGCGCUUAAAUAUCUAGUUCGGAUGCAAGAUACCCGCAAAGGCUCUCAGGAAGGCAUCUUUCUAAUCGCAGUUUUAUGGACUUUGGCUUUAACUCGUUCCUCCACAAUAUUGAUCCUGCGUGAUUAAGCGAAUUACCCAAUCGCUAAUCUCCACCAGAGUGGCGGUCUCUUCAAGCUCGCCAGGUGGGUGAUUUGCUGGGCGGUCUCUUCGAGGCAUUUUGUCCUCUACUCUGAGGUGUCCUUGUAGAUAUAUAAGUGUAUAGUCUUUUCAACUAAAAUCCAAAGUUGUGAUUGAUGUUUCUAUAUAAUAUUAGAAGGCGCAUCUCAAUGUCAACCUAUACCAAAACGUCUUUUCCACAUAAUUUCCCUAGUAGCAAACUAUAUCGAGACGAUAUCUAUUAGAUAUCUAUUUUUCGAGAUACCUAUAUCCAGUAUAUAUCGACUUUGUCCGCGGCCUAGAUAUCGAGACGAUAUCUAUUUUUCGAGAUACUACGAAAUCGGCGAUAGGGACACGUUAGGUAAUGCGCAUGAUGCGGUUUCUUCUUCUUACACCCAUAUAUAAUUUUCUUAUCGUCUGUUCGCCUUAGUCACCCCAAUCCCGGCCUACUUUGCCUCCUGUUGUCCACUUUAGAACGCUUUUAACCCCUACAAGGGAACUUUUUUGAAGACGUGUAAGUACGGAGAUAGUUUAUUCGAUAAAAAAUGUGAAAAAGGAUUAAUGCAUAGUGUUAUCUGUUAUCUGUUGAGUGCGUGACUGGCUCACUGAAAUGCGUUCAUUUUACUAUCCCGAUUUAUGGCUUGACGGCACAUUGAAAGUUAUAACCUAUAGGUGAUUGGCUGACACGUGACAUGUCACUGCCUGUAAUCUGUCCAGCGGUCUCUCCUUCCGAUUGGCGUUUUUGGAGUCGAAGGUCUCAUUAAUGCACUUACUCCUCAAUUAUGUGCGGCGUAUCGGGCAUAGUUAAAUGUGUUGGAAAGCCGCACAUGCGACUUUCUGUCUGAUAACAGGACUUGGCGGGCAGAGCGGACCUUGGAAUACCUGGGUCUCCCAUAAUGAUCGCGCAUACCGAAUGCGCCUGUUAGGAUCCGGUGUGGCACAUUGAUUUGUGUAUCCUGUCUUCCGUAUGUGACAGCAAGGCCGGGUUACUCGCGUAAUUUGUACCCCGUCAGCCGACCAAAUGACUGGUCACAUGCUGAUUCGGAAACGCAAAUUGCUGGCUCAUGGCGGCAACGUUUCCUGUGUUAUGCCAUCGAACCUACUAACAUAUCGUAACUGCAUUGUCGCCGAGUUUGCCCGUUUGGAUACUGGGCAAACAUAUUCCAGCAACACAAGACUGUGGAUCACCGCUGUGUUCAAUACCGCCUCAAUGUCGCGGGUGAGUUUUGUUUGGUCUACCCUCCGAAGAUUUCAGAUUUUGCCUCUGAAGGCUUCAUGAGCUGCUCGAUGAGUAAAAGCAGACAAAAAUCUGGGAAGCACUGUCCAGGGGGUUUUCUGAAUGCAUUUUAUGCUUCAAAUGACAGUUCGACCGUCGUGUUCAACGAUGUUCACCGUAUACUCCACAGCAGGAUAAGGCAGGCAGGGUGACUUGCUCGUGAAUUAGUUUAUAGUGGGCGUGGACUUGCGCAGCAUCUAAUGCACUCUCUCCUCCUCUAUCUGGACCCGGUGUCAAGACAGAACCAAAAAGACCGAGGAAGGGGGAGGGCGCAGGUGGAUGGCACAACCGGACCCGCUUAUUGGUGCUCCACUCCACACGCCCUGGUCCACGCGACAAAUGACCAGGAUUUUAACCAACAACCACAACGGGUCAGAAGGACGACAAUGACUGGACAACCAUGUUCGCGACCUGUAUACCCAGCAGGAGUGCAAGCGCAUCUACAGGUAGGAAAUCAGGUUUCAGAGAACUGCCAGCGCAAACCAGGCUGCGAGUGCCUUUGUUUGCUGAUCCUGGCAUAGCAGACGCUUACGAACCUUUGGGCCCAGAAGGGUGACACGCGGCUUUGCGUUUGCCUGGGCCGUCACCCUUUAAGGUUAGGUAACCAAACAGUCGUCGACUGAGUGGCACUACCCAUAAAGCACAUGCAUUCCCUCUUCACAUACGUGAAAGCGUCACAGACCACAUAAGAAGGAGCCGUGAUAGCCUGACUCAGCCCACCAGGUUGCCACUCCACACAAACGCACAUAACUGGGCAGACUCUGUGGUAUGAUUUGAGGCGUCAGUCGGCAGUCUUCCAAGCCACGGCGCCUGGCGCGCCAACACAGUCUCGGACUCGAAUUACACGCAGCAGAGGAGCCACUUGGAGAAGAAGCCAAGAAGUGCACUUCGCACUUUUGUAGAAGGUACUAAUUGGGUGCUUGUGAUGGUGUUGGCAGCUGCGGAUGUUGGUGGGGGAAGGUGUGGUGGUGUGGUGUAACCGUCGGUUGUCUACCGCAGGUUUUCGUGAAUACGCAUGUGACCUAGUAGGCCCAUGCGGUUACUAAAAGCGCGGAGGCAGUGAGGACAGUUAAAGCGGAUGCGGCCGUGCUCCAGGCACUGGUUUGUCAGUCUCUGAGCGAUGGAUUCGCAAGUGACCGACCGGGCCAAUUUGUGCGGUGAAGAUAUGAUCGCAGUGAAGACAGGUAUGGAGCAAGUCGGCAUCGCUGGUGUUGACGGUGGUGAGGCAGAUGUUUACCGAUGUGUCAGGACUGCGUGCAGUGGUGGUGGGUACAGGAGUCGCCACAGCGGAUGUUACGGUGGUGAACGAUGACAAUGGAGGGUUCAGGAAUGUGGUCACUUUUGGUUGUUGGCGUGAGGCUUGAGGCAGUGGACGGGGGGACAUCGGGUCGUGUCUUUCGGCUGCUGCAGUUAGUUCAAAGAUGUCCAAUAAGACCGAUUGGUGCCCGGAACGUUCUCCGACAUCGUGGGCAGGUCGGGGGCGGUUGAGCGGUGACGUUUCGAGGUGAGGACAGUUGAGAUUUGCGGGCUUUGUGUUUGGCUUUGGGGGCGGUAAUGCUGUUAGCUUCGGAGAUUGCGGCGCCUGCCUUCUCUGUUCUACUGCAGGUCGGUCGGUUUAGGGCGAGAUCUUCCCAGUUGGCCGGGUUGAUCUGCGGUCGCUUCAAGAAAGUCUUUGAAGUGUCCUUUUAGAGCCGGCAUUGUUCGCCGUGUCGGCAGGAACCUGUGGUGACAUCUCAACAGAAGAGUCGUCUGGGUAGCCACUCUUCGUCCAUCUGCACGAGCUGUCCGCUCCGGCGCAGUUGCAGUUGUCUCAGCAUGGCGUGGAUAUGGGGGAUUCCCGUCCGUUUCAGUAGGUCCGUGUCCCGAAUCCGAUCUCGUCACCUCAGUCUUAGUAUCCGCCAAAGACAGCUGAGGUGGAAGUGGUUGAGUCUCCGAGCCUGCUUCCUGUACGCCGUCCAGGUCUCCGCUCCAUACAGCAGCGUCGGCAGGAUGACCACUUUGUACAUCUUGAGUUUGGUGCUGAGGUGGAAACCGUGACGUUUUCAGACGGUGUUCUGAAAGUGACCGAAGCCUUUGCAGGUCUUCGGGAUCCGGCGUCGUCGAUUUUGAUGCUGUGAAAAAGGGUGCCACCCAGGCAGGUGAAGUUGUCCACGUAUUGCAGCUGGGCACCGUCCACGUUGAUUUAGGAUGUGUUGUAGACAGCGUCGCGUGGCGGUUGUUGCAUAACCACCGUCUUCUCUCUGUUGGUGACCAGGCCGUUGUCGCAGGCGCCGACAAAGAGAUCCAUGCUCCUUUGCAUUCCCCCUUCUGAGGGGGCGUUGACAGCACAGUCGUCGACGAAGGGAAGUUCAUGGGCGGUAGUUGUGGAUACACGCGACUGGAAGUGCAUCCGCCGCUGAUUGAAGAGUUGACCGUCCUGUAAGCGACGCUGAUCCGGGGACACUCAUUACGUAGGCGUCCAUCAGCAUGACAGAGGGUAGGCUCGAGGAAGCAGCCCUGCUUCACUCUGUUGGUCACUGUGAAUGCCUCUGAGGCAGCUUCAUUGUCCGUGACACGCGCCGCCAUGCCAUCAUGAAGCUGACGCACCAUGUGAGUGAGUCGUUUAGGACAGCCGAAUUUCUGCAUGAUUUUUUACAGUCCCGCGCGAUUCACUGUGUCGAAGGCCUUCGUCAGCUCCACGAAGGUAGAGUAGAGAUGAGUCUGCGUAUCCUGACACUUCUCCUGUAGUUGGCGGGCGACGAAGAUCAUGUCGGGGGUGCCGCAAUGACGGCGAAAGCCACAUUGGCAUUCCGGCAGGGGUCCUUGUUUUAGAUGGUUGCUGAGACGGUUGAGGAGGGUGCGAGCGAAAAUAUUUCCGGCACACUCAUGCUCUGCUCUUCAGUCGGACGAAAAUCUUGCUUAUGCGCACCUCUGGCUUCUGUAAUGUAGAGUUUUCGGGCCAUACAGCAUCUCUAGCGGGACGUAUCUUUUCAAAGUGACAGUACCUGCAAAAGGCUACUGACUGUAGAUACAGUAGGUGGGCUAACUCAUGAAAUAUCGACCGGAAUUCCAAAAUGCGUUUUCGUUCCGAAAAGAUUGAUUAAGUAGGGUUGUAAAACUAGCCAGCUGCAACAUAAUUCUAUAAUAUUUCAGUUACCUCAGGAUGCCAGCUUUCGAAAGAGCUUCUUCCGGCUGCAUGCAAAAACUACACUGCAAAAAACGAUUACUUAAGUAGCAUGAAUUGGUUUCGAUGCACCUAAAAGUCCGAUUAUAUUUCGUGGAAAGCAUGCAUAAAAAUACUCAUUCUUUCGCUCACUCGGUAGAUAAUGACAUCCUCUUCCAAUCUUAUACUCGAAGGAAGGGUAUAAUUCGGUUUUCAAAAACAUUUUUAAUUCCCGGACAAUUUUGAACCCGCUCUACCGUUGCACUUGGUUUCAGGGUUUCCAACUACAGGCCGUAUAUUUUCAGCGUACGGAAAACCACACAUUUCUCUACGGUAAUAAAGGUGGAUUAUAUAGGGUUCAUAAAAUUUAGCAGUCGAUUUGAUCCAUAUUGUUAACUUUACAAGCCACAUUGGUAAAUUCAGAGACACGAUAAUUUAUGAACGCCCAUUUCACGGUACUUAGAAGUCCCACAAUUAUAAACUUUUUUAAAACCGAAUUAUACCCUUCUUUCGAGUAUAAAAUUGGAAGAAGACGUAAUUUUCUACCGAAUGAGUAAAAAAAGGAAUAUUGUUUUUGCGUGUUUUCCAUGAUAUAUAAUUGAAUUUUUAAGGGCAUUGAAAAUCAAUGGGAAAAUGCAUGCUAUUUAAGUAGUCAUUUUUUGCGGAGUAUAGCUUUUGCAUGCUGCUGGAAAGAAGUUCUUUGGGCAGCCGGCAUCCUGGGGUAGCUGAAUUAUUAUAGAAUUAUGCUGCUUGAUGAUUAGUUCUCCAACCCUACUUAAUCAAUCUUUUCGAAACGAAAACGCAUUUCGGAAUUUCGGUUGACAUUCCAUGAGUUAGCCCACCUACUAUAUUCAGUCCUCUAUAGUCAAAUUGGCUGACAGAUAUGCUAUCUUGACGGGGUAAUGCAUAUGCCAGACGGGUGCUUAAGUCUGGCCUGUUUUCUACACCGGUUAAUCGGGAGGUGACGCCCGGCUAAUUUUAUUUUAUCUUCUACGAUGGUGGGGAAAGCAUGAAACGGUUGUCUGCAUUGGUGAUGGUAAACACCGGAGGCAAUUUAAUCGACAAAGACCGAUUGUUGUUUCAUAUAAGUAAAUUAAGCGGAGGCUAUCUUUCGGUGACGAAAUACGGGUGUUUUCCCCCUUCCUCGCAUGUCGUGGUGCCCGAAAGACGGAUCUGUUUGUCAUUGCUGUCGCUGGUCACUCGAAGUGGCAGAUAGGUGAGUGGUCUUCAGCGAACACUGGUUGUAUAAACGAACUGACUCUUGCGUCUAGCAACUAAGCAGUCGUUGGCCGGCAACGUCGGAGUUAGGUGUGGCCUGACAGUUCGACUGUGACGGAUGACGAUGUCCACCGUGUGCCCCACAGGAGGGGGAGCAUGGAGACGGCGACCUGCGCGCGAAUUAGUCUAUAAUGAUAGUAGACUUGCGCUGCAUCUGUCGCGCUCCCCUCUGUCACCUGGGCUCGGUGUCAAGGUGGAGUUAGGGAGCCAUGAGGUGAGAUGGGGUGCAGAUGGCUGGCGCGGCGUGAAUUCGCGCCAAGGCGUGCGGCAUCUUUGAUGGGUGCGCAGCCCAGUACCAUGUGCUGGACCCAGAUCUGGCCCCCGUAUUCGUUCAGCGCAUCCCCCGCGUGGCUCUCACAAAGUCAAAUGACUGCACCGUAACAUAAUGAUCAUAGACCGCUACUAAGUACCUUCUGUGUCACUUCCACUUUGACUUUCGAUUCAAGCAAAUUAUUACACUAAAGAACACACAGAUUCGCCGGUACGUCAUGAAAAUUGAGGCUGGUUGAAUGAUCUCUGGUCAUAGUGUACGAAGUGAAAGUUCCAGGUUCUACCAAGGCAGCAAACACAACCGGGCUUUGGUCGGAGUUCUGCUGCAUCUCUAAGUUUUUUUUCAUUCGUUGAGGAUCGUAAGAAGCCUGAGUCUGAUGCCGAUUGCCGAUUUUAAUGUACGCAACUGGUUUUGUCCUUCCAUAUGGGCCACUAAACUUCAUGCGUACUUUUUUACCCUCUAACUGUAAAACGACCUCACUUUGUUUGACUGUAUACAAGCAUCGGUAAAGCUGUCGUUUCUUGUCUGAAUAUCUUCUAGCUGCUGGACUUACUUGUCUUAGUCCUGUGUUUAGUCUCAGCGCUUUCUUUACCAUAUUUGCACUUGACUCUUUACGGAAUGCCUUCUUUUUCAGUGUUUUUUUCUUCCGCACGCAUUGGUAAACACCAAUGGACAUCCUUUAACUUUCAGGUUCUGUGUCCGCUCGAUCGCCAUGUCCGUUGACUACUGUGAUCGUUCUGCAGAGCUUGUCAAAUGCGCCCAGCUGUUCCAUCAGAAAGUGAUGUCGGGUCGAGCUAGACUAAAACCCCGUCUCAGUGCAGCCGCUGCUGCCUACAAAAUCCCUCUUUCCUCUCUCUACCGAGGACAGUUUUUGCCAUCAGCACGACACAUUCAAGUUCGACUUAACGACGCCGAAGGCAAACUGAACAGUCUGAAAGACUCCUCAGCUAAUCCUGAAGGUCACCCUGUUCAGAUCGCGGAGGCCCUAUCACUCGGUGCCCAUGCUCUUCAAUCAGAGGUUGUAUCCAUUAACAGCUAUCUGCAGCAGCUGCUAAAGCUCACACCGCAAGUCCUUCAGGAGGUAGCGAACCGCCCACAGGUUUCGAGACAUGUCCAAGCAGUCGUCUCCACUCUUGAGCACCGAAUGGCAGCACUUUCAAUGGGUCUGCGGGACUUUUACCAGGACAAAAAACAACUACUUUCGGCCGUUGAUUUAGACAAGGCUACACCCGCCGCUACGGACAUCAGCGGUUCGAAUCAACAUCAUCAUCAUCAUCCAGACCACCUUGUGCUUGCCGCUCCAUCCUACCCUCCUCAACCUCCCCACGUCGAUGUUGGCGCUAAUAUGCAGCCCCUUAUUCCAUUAUCCGCUUCGGUUCCCCCGACCUCCUCCAACUCCUCCGUAAGCGCCCCUUUUAAUCGGGCCGGUGCGAACCCGUUGCUUUCCGUGCAGCACGCAGCACCACAGAAUCUGCCCCCUAAAAGGGCACCGGCUUCCUUUAAUGCACUUCCCCCUGAGGAGAAGAAUCAGGUAUGUGAGGUCUUCUAUUUGUUGAGUUGGUUCGUCUGUUGA